AUGUCCAACACUGCAACCGCGGCAGCACGCCAAGUCAUCCGCGAGGUCCACGGUGUCGUCGUGAGCGCUGGACUGAUGCAGAAGACGGUCAAAGUGCGCGUGGGUGGCCAACAAUGGAACCGAAAGGUUCAAAAGAUGUUCACGAAACCCAUGAACUACCUUGUUCACGACCCGAAUUCCUCCCUUCAGACAGGCGACGUCGUCUCGAUUGUUCCUGGAUGGAGGACAACCCCCAAAAAGCGUCACGUCGUCAAGAGCAUCAUCGCGCCCUACGGCACGCCAAUCGAGGAGCGGCCUUCAAUCCCAACCGAAGAGGAGCGUCUUGCUGUCCGUGAGGAGAAGAGGGAAGCAAAGGACGCCAGGCGAGCGGCGAGACGGCAGAAGGGUGCGUCGGCGAAGGCUGCAGUGAUUCCCGAACCCGAAGUUGAUUGA